AUGAUGGGUGCUCCUGCCUCUAUGCAGGUGAUCCUGCUUCUUGAAGAGCACCUUCGGGUCACUUCUCAAGAAUCUGGAACCAAACCACUGACCUUCACAUUCGUACCAUCCAUUGGAAGACUUCCAACUCAUUUUGAGGUGGUAGAUGUUUCCAAGUUCCUUGUGACAAUUCCAGAGGACCCAAAGGAUCUGAGCAAUCAAGAAAUUAUCAAUAAGUUUGAUACAGUCUCUGAUGACCUGGUCUUGAAGAGCAGGGCCAGACAAGACUGUGUGUCCGCCGUCCGUACAGACAGCACCCGAACGGCUUUCCAGUCCCCAGGGUGUAACUCCAGCAAAGGAGAAAUGCAGGAGAAUGACCUUUUUAAGGCUGAGUUUAUCCUGAUUACGGACUCCGGUGAUGAAGAUGAGGUGGCUGCUGCCUCGAACAGUGUCCAUCGGCCUUCCAAUGGCUACGGUCCCAUCAGCGCUCAGCUGCUGGCCACGUCCCACGUUUCCCCUGGCACUGGGGCAGGGAAACCUCCUGGCAAUGGGCACGUUCCAGGUGCUGCACUUUCCCACAGCACUGCUGAUCUGCAAAAACAUCAGCAGUACAAGAUCAAGACAAGCUACAAGGCAUUUGCAGCAAUCCCUACAAACACAUUACUUAUGGAACAGAAGGCAUUAGAAGAGCCAGCCAAGAUGGCUAGUGGGGCUGAAGGCACUGCUUUGGACACCCAUUCAGAGAUGUGCUCUCCUGCCCAGCUCAGACAACAAACAGAAGAGCUGUGUGCUGUCAUUGAUCAAGUCCUGCAGGACCCAUUGACUAUGCGUCGAUGUGAAUCUUCUCCAAGUUUCCUGCAGAUGAGCACAGAGGCAGAUGUCAACAAGGUGUCAACAACGCUGCAAAGAGCAGCUGGGCGUGAAACCAGAUAUGCCAACCUUUACAAAUCGACACCUAUGAUGACAGACAGUCAGCUGACAAAACCUGGCGUCAUUCGUCCCGUGCUGGUGAAAGGAAAGAGUACACAGCAAAAGGAGGAGCCCUAUCAGCCCAAUCCUUUUAAAAAGUACCUUGAAGAAAUCAGUGAUCAAGAUAUUGAGCAGCCCAGUCAUCCCAUAGUGCCUAUUCCAGAAAAUGAGACCCUCAGCUCUAAGGAGGUUGCCAAUGAAAGAGGUUCUGUUUAG